AUCUUAAUGAGAGUUUGGUGGUUUUGAAGUUGUUUCGCCUCUCUCCAACGCGAGGCAGUGUCCCAUCUUCACCGAGCAUAUCAUCUUUGGUCGGCACCUUCCGUUGACGUUCCUCUCGGCCGUUGGACACACCGCUCGUGCGCUGGGCUGUGCCUGCCUGUGUCGGUGUGAUCCGAGCGGCGGCAGCAGCAGACGUCGUCGUCGUGGUGGAGGUGGUAGUAGUGGUGUUUUUUCCCCCCUUCAAAGAAGACGUACGCUGUACAGAGACAUAUCAGCAGCAGUGUGCCCUGCUGGAGCUCCGGGGACACUGCGGAGACUUUUGGACUUGUGGAAUUUGCUUUAGGCUCGGACACACUGUUGUUAUUCGGAUGUUUUGAUCGCUUGCCAGAUGUGCCACCUCAUCGACAGCCCUCAAUCCCGUUAGCUAUUGAUAGAGGUGACAGGCAGGGGCGAGGGUCCUUUUUGUGGGCAGCAUUUUUUCUCCCUCCUCCCUUUUCCUGUUUUUUUUUGUUUGUUUGUUUGUUUUUAUUUUCUUUUUGGUAAUUGAUUUUUGGUGCGGAGAGAAGAACUUCGCCAUCACAGAGCUGCAACCAGUUGUUUUCAUGGUCUGGGGUCAGUCUGUACCCACUGACGGACACAAGCUUUGUGGGUCUGAGAAGAGAUCACAGGUGGAAACAUGAGCACAGCCAAACCUAGUGGGAUCAAAGUGCCCAGCAAGAUCGCUAAGUCCGCUGGGACAGCAGCCCCAAAGACCAACGCCAGCGCAGCAGGAGCUAAAGCUUCUGUGGCAGACAAAUCAGCUGCAAAUGCCAGCGGAGGAGAUGCCCAGAGUGCUGGGGAGAACUUCCAGAUUGGGGAGCGAGUAUGGGUGAAUGGGAAUAAGCCAGGCUUCAUACAGUUUUUGGGAGAGACACAGUUUGCCCCAGGACAGUGGGCAGGAAUUGUUUUAGAUGAGCCAAUUGGGAAGAAUGAUGGGUCAGUGGCAGGGGUGCGCUACUUCCAGUGUGAAGCUCUGCGAGGAAUAUUUACCCGCCCAUCCAAGUUGUCCCACACAGAGGGGGAGGCUAAUGGAACUCAGACGGCACCACCGUCUCGUGCUGCGUCACCCACUCCUUCAGUCGGUAGUGUGGCUUCGCACACACCCACCACAAAAUCAACAUUACCCUCAACUACCCCGGCAGCCAAGAAAGCCUCCUCCACUACACCGGCGACAACAGCUACACCAUCAUCCAACCUUGCACGCACAAACAGUGAAUCUGUCUCCAACCUCUCAGAGACUGGAUCAGUCAAGAAGGGGGAAAGGGAACUGAAGAUGGGUGACCGUGUGCUGGUUGGUGGUACAAAGGCAGGAGUGGUACGUUUCCUUGGAGAAACCGAUUUUGCCAAAGGCGAGUGGUGUGGUGUGGAAUUGGAUGAGCCCCUAGGAAAGAACGACGGAGCAGUGGCAGGCACAAGAUAUUUUCAGUGCCAACCCAAGUAUGGCUUGUUUGCCCCAGUGCACAAAGUCACACGCAUUGGCUUCCCUUCCACCACGCCAGCCAAAGCAAAAACAACAGUUCGGAAAGUAGUGGCCACCCCAUCAGGGCUAAAGCGAAGCCCGAGUGCUUCCUCAAUCAGUACCAUGAGCUCUGUGGCAUCCUCUGUCAGCGCCAAGCCCAGCCGCACAGGCUUGCUAACAGAGACAUCAUCACGGUAUAAUCGUAAGAUUUCAGGCACCACAGCCCUGCAGGAGGCACUGAAGGAGAAGCAGCAGCACAUUGAGCAGCUAAUGGCUGAGAGGGACAUGGAGAGAGCUGAGGUUGCCAAGGCCACUGGCCAUGUCGGAGAGAUGGAACAAGAAAUGACCCUGCUCAGAGACGAUCAGGAGCAGAUGGAGGCUAAGAUGGACCAGUUACGUGCCUUGGUAGAAGCUGCAGACAAAGACAAAGUCGAGCUGCUGAAUCAGCUGGAGGAGGAGCGUAGGAAGGUGGAGGACCUUCAGUUCCGUGUAGAGGAAGCUUGCAUUACCAAAGGAGACCUGGAGACGCAGACCAGACUGGAGCAUGCCCACAUUAAGGAGCUUGAACAGAGCCUGCUCUUUGAAAAGACCAAAGCUGAGAAACUCCAAAGAGAGUUAGAAGACACUAGGGUCGCUACUGUUUCGGAACGAUCCCGUAUUAUGGAGCUUGAGAGGGAUCUUUCACUGCGAACACGAGAGGUAGCUGACCUGCAGCUGCGUCUUGGGACCCAGCAGGGCUCUGAAGACGCAAAUUCAACUCUUUCUCCCCUCCUGGAAGAAAUCAACUCUCUGAGGGAUCAGUUGGCUGCCCAAGAAACUAAGCAGCAAGAAGAGCUGGCAAAGUACAAGGAGACGCUAGAAGCUAAAGAAAAGAGCCACACCGAGGCAAUUGCUCAGCAUCAGGCCACAUCUGUGAAGCUCUCUGGUGACAACGAGCAGAUGCAGAUGCGCUUAAGCCAGGCUGAGAAAGAGAAUGCUGAAAUUAUUGAGCUCUGGCGGUCGAAACUGGAGUCUGCCAUUGCGUCUCAUCAGCAAGCCAUGGACGAGCUGAAGGUGUCCUUCAGCAAAGGUGCAGGUGCCCAGACAGAAGAACUCAUAGAAACCAAAAGUGCACUAGAGAGGCUGAAGUUGGAGCACAAGUUGGCUUUAGAGGAAGCUGGAGCCAAACAUGAAGCUGACAUCAGAGUUUGGACUCAGGAGACGCAGGCACUGAAAGCACAGCUUUUGUCAUUGACUGAGGACAAAGAACAACUGGAGGAAUCACUACGGUCCAGCGUUGAAAAAACAGAGGAGCAGCACCUUGUGGAGAUGGAGGAUGUUCUUGGAAAGCUUCAUGCUGCUGAAAUUAGGGUUAAAGAGCUUGAGGAGAACGAAGCAAUACUGGCCCAAGACAAGGACAGAGAAACCAAAGAGCAGAUGGCUGAAAUGGUGGCUCUCCGCAGCCAAGUAGCACAAGGUAACCAGGAGCUUGUAACCCUGAAGAGUCAGUUAGAGGUGGUUCAGAGCCAAGGAAACAACCAGGAGGCCAAGGUUAGUGAAUUGAGCUCUGAGUUGGAGGGCAAACAGCAGGAAGUCGUCUCUUUACAGGAGAGUCUGACCACUGUACAGCAGGAGAAGGACACCUUAAACCAGGAGCUUGGAGACCUGAAACAAAAGUUGGCUGAAAGCACAGAGGAGCAGACAAAAUCAGCAAAAACUAUGCAAGAAACACUCGAGAAGCUCAGUAAGAAAGAAGAGCAGUGCACAUCGCUGACCACAGAAUCAGAGUCUCUAAGAAGUCAGCUUGCAGGGCUGGAGAGGAAGCUGAACGCUGCAGAUGAAAAGCUUGAGCAGCUUUCAAAAGACAAAAACAAGCUGGAAAAUGAUUUUUCAGAAAUGAUGAAGGCAUCUGGUGAUAGUUCAGUACAGCUGACCAAAAUGAAUGAAGACCUCAUCCAGAAAGAACGGAGGCUUGAGGAGUUACAGAGUCAACUAGCCGAGGAGAAGGAGAAGGUGGCACACUCAAAUGAACAACUUCAGCAGGAACAGUCCCGCAAAGAGCAGGAGCUGAAGGAGACCAGAGAGGCACAUCAGUCUCAAAUUAGUAACCUUGAGGGGAAGAUUGCUAACUUGGAGAAGACUGUUAAACAGGGUGAGACCCAGGUUGAGGAACUGAAGGCAUCUCAAGAGAAAGCCUCCGCUCAGGCCUCGGAGCUCCAUGUGAAGGAGCUCGAGGUGCUGCAGAGUGAAGUCAACAAGUUGAAGCAGGACCUCUCCUCCUCCAAGGACAAAACCCAGGAGCUGGAGAAGUUGGUGUCUGAGCUACAGCCAUACAAGGAACAGGCUCAGCGUCUUUCUGCUGAGCUUGACACCUACAAGCAUGAUGUUGAACAUUUGUCCAAAAAAGUGGAAAAGCAGAGUCUAGAUCUGGAAAAUAUGUGUAAGGAAAGUAAGGAUGUUCAAGCUCAGAAAGACAAACUGGAGAAACAGCUUUCAGACGUGCAGGCUAAACUCUCUGCCGUGGAGAUCAGUCACCAGGAGCUUUCAAAGCAGAAUGAAGAACUGCUAAUAACCAGAAAUACACUUUCAAAAAAUCAAGAGGAACUACUCUCCAAAAACAAGCGCUCAGAUGAAGAAAGGAUAUCGUUAAACAAGGAGCUGGAGAACCUCAAAGAUCUUCUUCAGGAAGCUCAGACUGAAAACAAAAGUCUGAAGCAUGCUGAAGGUGAGCACCAGGCCGAAACUGAGGAACUUCAAAGACAAAAUGCAGAGAAGAAUGACUUGCUCUUAAAGCAUCAGCAGGACAUCGAGCAAAUCGAGGCUAUAAAGAAGCAACUAUUGGAAGAUUAUGAAAAUGUCUGCAAAGAGAGGAACCGGCUUGAAGAUGACCUCAAUGAAAGCAGGUCAAAGUUCACAUGUGAGAAGGACAAUCUCAUUUUGGAGAGAGAUUCGGCUAGAAAUGCCAAAAAAUCUCUCGAUGCUAAGAAUGCUGAACUGCAGGCGAAACUUAAAUCUUUGAACUUGGAAAAAGAAGAUCUCACAAUGAAGAACACCCAGCUGCAGGCCCUCACGGAAACACUAACAAAAGAGAAGGUGGAGAUGUCUUCUGAAAUCAGUGCUGCUGUGCUGGAUAAAAAGAGCCUUGAGACAAUGAAGGAGGAUCUCCAGAACAAGCUUAGUGUUACAAAGAAGGACUUGGAGAGCUCUAUCCGGGAAUGUGAAGAACUUAAAGCCUCAAAAAUGAGCCUGGCCCAGAUGCUGGAAGAGUUCAAGACAAGCAGUCAGGUGACCGAUUCUGAGAGGCUUCACCUUCUGCAGGAGAAAGAAGAUUUACUUACGAUCCAAAGAAAAGUCUGUAAUGAGAAGGAAGAGCUCCUCAGAGAGAUAGAAGAGUUAAAGGAGAAGCUUCAAGCCUCAACAGAACAACUGUCUCAGUCUAACGAGAAGUUAAAAGAAGCGUUAUCGUCCUUUGAGCAAGAGAAGCAAGCAUUUCGCCUGCAGACUUCUGAAACAGAGAUGUCUCUGCAUGCAAUACGAAAAGAAAAGAUGAGCCUGGAUUCAGCACUCGAGCAGCAGAAAAUGGAUUAUGAGCGUUUGGCAGGGGAGAAAGGCGAGUUAGAAGAGAAGUACACAAAAGCUAUAUCUGAGAAAGAUGCUCUGUCUCUUGAGCGUGAUAAGUUAGCUAGUGAUAUCCGAACAACUAAGGAGCAGUUAGAUAGUUCCUCUAGAGAUAAUUCUGUUGUUAUUCAAGAGAGGUCUAACUUAACAAAAAUGCUAGACGAAGCCAAACGUCAAAAAGACGAGAUUGAAGCAGAGAAGACCUCUUUGAAACGAGAAAAAGCUGACCUACAAAACGAGCUGCAGAAACAUAAAUCUGAUAUCAAAAUUCUUGAAAAGGGCAAAACUGAACUUGUUCAAGAGCACAGUAAGCUAAAGACAGAUUUUGAGAAUGCUAAUUUAGAAUCUGUUCAACAGAUUGAUAACCUUACAAAAGAUUGUAAGCGUCUGCAGUCGUUGCAGACUGAGGCUGACAAAAAGGUGCAGUCCUUGGAGAAUGAAAAGCAGGGACUGCUUCAGGAGAUCCAGGAGUUCAAAAGUCAAACUGAAUCAAUGUCAGAAGCCAAGCAACUUCUUGAGACCAAGCUACAGGCUGAAUCCAGUGAACGGAAUAAAGUGAUAUCUGACAAGGAUAGUCUUUCCAAACAAAUUGAGCAAUUGCAGAAAAAGUUGUCCGAAGCUACACAAGAAAACAAAGAGAUUUCCUCUAACCUUAAGAAUAUUGACGAGCAAAACAAGUCUUCUCUGGUAGAUAUGGAAGCUCUGAAAACACAACUGAAGCAGCGAGAGCAAGAAACUGGUCGGUUGUCAGAAGAUAAAGAACAGCUGUCAUCUAAGCUCGAAGAGAUGGGCAAACAGGUGACCCUCCUGACCACAGAGAAGGAGAACCUUCUAGCUGGACAGUGUAAAUUGGAGCAGGACUUUUCAUCCCUCCACACAAGCCAAGAAAAGUGGCUCGCCGAACGGUCAAAACUCCUCGAAGAGGCCGAGAAGUUGCGUGCUAGUCAGAAACAACUAGAGGUAGAUGUAAAAGACCUACAAGCUGAGAAAGACCUUUUGGAAAAGCAAUACAAGAACGCUGUUGAGGAGGUUUCAGUGUCUGCCUCUGCAAAAGAAGAGGUUUGCUCCAGCAUUUCAAAUCUAACAGCUCAGAAGGAAGCCCUGCAGGCGGAGAAGGAUGACGCUACCCAGCAAGUCAUGCAGCUCCAGUCCCAACUAAAAAAUGCCAUUUCUAAGCAGCUUGAGGCUGCAGAGGCCUCUGGCAAGUCUGCUGAGGCCCUCGAACAGCUGACAAAAGAGAAAGCCAGUUUGAUGCAGGAGAAGAACGAAACCCGAUCAUUGCUGGAGGAGCUCCAGAGCUCCAAGCAAGAGCUGGAGACCCAGCUUAAGAAAUCAAGGGAAGAGAACUCCAAGUACCAAGAAGAUCUGAAUGUAUCCAAAGAGCAGCUUUGCACAGAGACUCAGAAGACUAAGCAGCUGUGCAAGGAGAUCGAGGAGCUGAAAGAAGCUGAUUCUGUGAAGACACAGUCCCUGCAGAUGCUGCAAGAUGAGAACAGCAAGCUGACUCAGGAGCUUGAUAACAAUCACAAAGGCCAGGAUGAUCUUGUGAAGCUCAAGAAUGAGCACUCCAAACUCAAAAAGCAGCUGAAGGAGUUUAAACAAAGCCUGCCAAAUAAUGCCAUCAGUGAGAGCACCUUGAAGGAGCAGUUUGAAAAGGAGAAGGCCUCCCUCCAACAGUCCGUCCAUAAAUCUAGUGCCUUAAUUUCAGAAAAGGACCAGCAGGUGGAAAGCCUGAGGAGCGAGUUGACUGUGCUGCGUGGGGAAAGUGCCUCAGUUAAGACACUGCAGGAUAUGAUUCAGGCCUUGGAGCGUGACAAGACUCAUCUACAGGAGCGUGUUCAGAGACUAGAGAAGGACCUGGCUGCAGGGCCUGACGCCAUCAACGUAUCCUCAGGUGAUCCAGUUUUGGACCAACUGAGGGAGGAUAAGGAGACUGCAGAGAGUCAGGCAGCGAUUGAGUUCCUGAAUUCGGUCAUCGUUGACCUUCAGAGAAAGAACGAGGAACUCAAGGACAAACUGGAGAAGAUGGCAGCUGCUGCUCUCAAUGGGAAUAAUCCAAGCGAGCUGGAUAACUAUGAUAGCCAUGACAAGGAACCCGUGAAGAAAAAGCUUCCCCCGAGGCUCUUCUGUGACAUCUGUGACUGCUUCGACCUCCACGACACAGAGGACUGUCCCACACAAAUGCAGAUGCCCGACUCCCCUCCACACACCACCUACCACGGCAGUAAGGGCGAAGAACGUCCCUACUGCGACAUCUGUGAGGUCUUUGGCCACUGGACCGACUCCUGUAACGACGACCAGACCUUUUGAAGCCUAUAUAUCACCCUCGUUCGCACAAUCACUAUAUUUGCACAUCGCGUUAGAUUAUGCGGUGCUUUUGGGGUUUAGGUUUGUAUGUGUGCGUUUUCGUGUGCUUGUUUUUGCCAAGCGUCUUCGUUGUCCACGCCAGUCCUUAAGCGCUCUUACAGGAGAAAGGUCUCCUCCUCUUUCCAAAAAUUCAGAUAUCCAUUAAAAUAAUACGCAGCAGUUAAUAAUUUGUAUUUGUAAAUGACUUUGGAGGAAAAAUGUUUGAUAUCUCGGGUCUGUGUGAGUGAGAGGGUACUGUAGGUGGAUGUGUCUUUGUGCGAGGAAGCGACGGUCUUCUUCAGAUCAUUAAUUUAUCAAUAUCCUAACAUUGUUUGCACAGCUUGUUGGGGGAUUACAAAGAUAAUAUACUAUCAUAAAAGGUGUUUAUUUGAAACUGUAAAUUACUUGAGUGAACAAAAAAAAGUCGGUUUUUGCAAAAAUUGGUGAGCUAUAGUUUAUUUUUUUAUGCCUGGAAAUACUACGUACUCUUUAAAGGUUUGAUAGUAUGUGUGUAAUUUUGUGAGGGGGAAUCGCGGGGAGAGAUUUGUGGAGCGGUGAAACCAAUUGCUGUCUGGCUUUAACAGGAACUUUUUUUAUGCUCUUCAUGAAGGAACUGCAGUGUGAUUGGUUUAGAAACACAUUUAGUGUGACUCCUCAGUUCCACUCAAAGGGCCAUUUCCAAAAAAGUUUCUUUGCAAUCAAGAUUUCUGUAUGAAAGACUUAGGCAAUUCUUUAAAAAAAUGUUUUGAAUAUCUGUAUAAAAAUAAAUGAAAUUUAUGUAUGAAUUAAAAA